AUGACUGAAAAUAAAUUUUUAAAAAUAUUAAAUCAAAUAAAUAUUAAGACUUUUGAAGAAAGAUUAGAAAAAAAAAAACUUGAUAAAGAUGAAUUAUUAUUUAAUAAUUUAGAUUUUAAAAAUUUUUCUGAUAUUAAAAAUAAUGAUGAAGAUUUAUUAUUAGAAACUGAUGAAAUUUUAGAAAAUCUUGAUAAACAAACUAGUCAAAUUUCAGAACAAGAUAAUUAUAAUUGGGAACCUGAAGAUUAUUUAAAUUCAGAUGAUGAUUAA